AGCAUGUCUCGGGUAACCCAGUAUCUAUGUAACCGUCUGGCUGUGUUGUACAGAUAAUGAAGUAUUAGGGAUGCCGAGAACAGGGAAGAAAAGCAAGGUGCGGCCCUCUAGCGCUCAAUUUGAUGGGGUCAUGGCUUUCAGACCAAAGGCAAAGGAAAACCUAUAUGACAAAAGUGCUACCAUCAACCAUUUAGAUGACACGCUACGACAGCCACAUUGUGAUUUGAGCAAAUAUUGCUCCAAACGCUGGGAAGGAUAUAAUCAAGAUACACAAUCCAAAUUCCACAAGGACGCUGACGAAUGUUCAAGUUGUCUACCAAUCAGAAAUAAUCGAAAGCAUCCAGAAGCAAAAGAAAACCUAGUGGAUGACUUGAAGUAUGAUGACCGUUAUGUUUCUCAAUUACAUCAACUGUUUCUGAAAUGUGAAGAAGUUGGGAGUUCUGAUCAAUGUACUGAAAUAGAUCUACAGGUAGCAGAUACAUUACUACAUUCGGGCACCGAUGUGAAUGUUCUGGACUCCCAAGGGGAAACAGUCCUGCACAAGGCUGCAAGGAAAUGGCACGUGGAUGUCACUUUAUUCCUUCUGAAACAUAACGCUGACGUCAACACAGGCGAUAUCAAUGGCCGUACACCUCUACAUGUAGCUGCUGCUAACAACUACACAGACAUGGUGUCCCUCCUCAUCAGACACGGAGCAAACAAAGAGGCGAGAACGACAGGAGACCAGCAGACGGCCCUGUUCUAUGCUGCCAAAUAUAACUGCUGUGAUGCGCUUGAUUGUCUCAUAGAUCAUGACUGUCAGUUCGACGAUAUACAGGAUUACAAGGGCAGAUAUCCAAUACAAUUAGCCGCCGAACAAGACAGAAGUUUUACCACGCGUUUACUAAUGAGGAGAGGUGCGCGUGCGUGGAUGAACCGGAACAAUGUGGCAGGAUACGGAACUAUUGGCUGGAUGAUCAUCAAUAUGCCUGCUGUGGCUUACGACGCAUUAGAUGCUUACCAUACCACUGACCGCAAAAAUCGAAGCCAGAGCUUCUACCUCUACCAACUAAUGGCAGAUAACAAUAAAGAGGACUCUAUUGAUUUGCCUCUCCAAGUUGCUGUCAACAAACAACACUUCAACCUUCUAUCUCAUCGUGUCUUCUCAACCAUGAUCGACCACAUGUGGGAACGAUACGCAAAGAGACGAGCCUUUCUAUGGUUCCUGUUCAACAUUUUUUAUGUUAUUGUCUGGUCACUGAUUGGAGUGCUUGUUUCCUAUGACCAAAAGCACUACUACGACCUGCCUAACCAAUGGUGGAGAAUCGUGCUCGGAGUCAUCGGUAUCGGAAUCACCAUAUGGGAGAUGAUGGAAGAAAUCCUAGAAUAUCGUCGCUCAAUCACCAAAAAUUACGAAUGGAAGAAAUUCAGAACGGCUGAAAUACACGCAGACAUGAAGCACUACAAUGAUACUUCAGACAUACAGUAUUUAAAAGAUGAGUUACACGAGCUUGAUAAACAAAUUCCGAGAUACUUCAAAGACUUUUGGAACGUAUUUGACUGGGUUUGCUAUGGAUGUCUUGGAAUUUGCAUUGUCUCUCACCUGGCUGACGUCAUCAGGCACACCGAGGGGACAGCCAGGUUCCACAUCAACUUCAUGUCUGUCACGCUUAUUCUCCUCUGGUUACGACUGGCGAAAUGUGCAAGGUCCUUCAAGCAGCUUGGACCAUUGAUUGUGAUCCUGGGGAACAUGAUUGAGGAUUUCAUCCUGUUUGCAUGCCUUUACCUACAGUUUUAUCUCCCAUAUGUGUGCGCCUAUUGGAUGAUAUUUGGCGGCGAGAAAGUGACGUAUGACACACGAAAUGCAGACAACAAUACGGCUGAGUACCUCAUCGUCGAAGGUCUUGCUAGUUUCGGCGAUGUCUUCUUCAGUCUUUUUAGGAUCACUUUGGUUGAUGACUAUGACUAUCAAACAAUGAAGUUAGUAGACCCUUUUAUGGCUGACCUCCUAAUAGGGACAUGGUUGGCAGUGUCCGCCAUUGUUUGCCUAAACCUCUUCAUCGCUCUCCUCACAGAUUCAUUUCAAAGAGUGUAUGACAACGCCCAUAGUAUAGCCCGGAUGCAGAAGGCCAUAGUGUGUUUGGUGUACUGGGACCUUCUCAGGAAGAGGAACCGGAAACAGUUUUUGGACGACAUGAGAGUGAGCUGUAAUCCUCUUAUACAGGCCUACGACGACGAUGAUGUUGAUGAUCAAACAGAUGGAAGUGAAUUGCAGACUGCCGUUAUACAGCUUCGGGAAAUAACAAGAGUCCAAAAACAAAACGAAGACGUUCUUGUGGAAAGAAUAGAUCGUGAUCUCAACAAAAUUGAAAACGAUAUAGCCGAGAUAAAGGAAAUCAUUUUAACGUUACAAUCGUCUAGCCAUCCACCAGGACAUCCUUGCAACGGAGAUGCUGCUGACCGGUCUACAACUGAGUUGUCAAUAUCAAGGUCGUCAUUAAAAAAGAAGAAGAAGAAGAAGCGAAAGGCUGCUCCGAAAGACGACGAUGAUUUUAUAGGUACCGAAGCUUUCGAUAAGGAUCGCCAAGUGUCACAGUUGAUGCAUAGGACAACUGAAAUGGAAAUCCCAGAAUUUUCUUCGUUAGGCACAAACGAAAAAUAAAAAAAUCGGCAAUGGAGUCGUGUUGUUUGGUGUAAUAUAAACAGACACAAGGACCAGUUAAUUUAAUAAAAAGACAUUCAACUAAAAAAACUUUUGUUUGCUGCCGGAAGUUUUUUUAUUGGAGAAACUCUUUGAAAGGGAUGUAUUUGUCGUAACAAGAAUUCCCUCGAUCAACUGAAAGUUAUCGAUCCCACUGAUCGAUGUGAUGAAUUAUACAAAUAUGUUUUUUCUUUAAUUAUGAUAUAUUCAUUAACAUUCCUUAUAAAUUAACCUUAUACACCAAAGUUAC